AUGAAGUCGAAGCAGCAGAAGAUAACGGUCAUUGAUAACUUCUGUAAGGCGAAUCGAUACAAAGAGGGUAUCGAAAAGCUGCAUUCUCAAAUUGAGACGUUAACGAAUCUCCUGGUGGAAGGCGAAGCAGAAACUGAUAAGAGUCGACAUCUUCUCGUUAAAUUGAGCGGAAAACCGAAGAUGUCGAUACCAUCUGAAGGUAACGCCAACAAAUGCAACACGAAGUAUCGAGACGCCAUCCUAGCACAAUGGAUAAGAUUCCAAAUCAGAGAGCCCGCGUUGCGAGAGGCAAAUGAUUUUCUGGAAAGAUUUCUAGUUCAGCACGUGGCAUACCUGGAAAUGAAGUCGAAGCAGCAGAAGAUAACGGUCAUUGAAACUUUCUGUAAGGCGAAUCAACACAGAGAGGGUAUCGAAAAAUUGCGUUCACAAAUGGACUCGUUGGCGGAUCUCUUGGUGGAGGACGAGGAGGAAACAGAAAAGAUUCGAGAUCUUUUCGUUGAAUUGAGCGGACAACCAAAGGAGUCGAUCACACUCUGUAUCGACUGCCAAUCCAACAUCAACUGUUAA